UCUCCCUCACCGCUCGGCUGCUGCUCCUGUUGCUUGGAGCUACGCCCAGAUACUCAUGCAUGCAACAUGUUUCGACGCACCAAGAGUUGUCGAGCCAGUAACAGGAAAAGUCUGAUCCUGACCACCACCUCUCCCACUCUGCCUCGCCCACACUCCCCUCUGCCCCUGCCUGGACACCUCGGAAGCAGCCCUCUGGACAGCCCACGAAACUUCUCUCCCAGCAACCCGGCACACUUCUCUUUCGCCUCCUCCCGAAGAGCUGAUGGGCGCCGAUGGUCACUGGCAUCUCUGCCCUCAUCUGGAUAUGGCACCAACACUCCCAGUUCAACGUCCUCCAGCUCGUCUCAGGAGCGGCUGCACCAGCUGCCUUUCCAGCCCACCAUGGAUGAACUGCACUUCUUAUCCAAGCACUUUGGCAGCACCGAGAGCAUCACAGAUGACGAUGGGGGCCGCUGCUCGCCCCACAUGCGCCCACGCUCCCGCAGUCUCAGCCCGGGACGCUCCUCCUCCUGCUAUGACAAUGAGAUAGUCAUGAUGAACCAUGUGUACAAGGAGCGCUUCCCCAAGGCUACGGCACAGAUGGAAGGCAGGUUGGCCGAAUUCAUCCAGGCCUACUCUCCUGAAAACGUUUUGCCCCUGGCCGACGGGGUCCUCAGCUUCAUUCAUCACCAGAUAGCUGAGCUGUCCCGGGACUGCCUGGCCAAAGCCCGCGAGGGCCUCAUCACCACUGUCUACUUCUUUGAGCUGCAGGAAAAUCUGGAGAAGCUACUCCACAAUGCUUAUGAGCGCUCAGAGAGCUCUGAGGUAGCCUUCGUCGCAGAGCUGGUAAAGAAGCUUCUCAUCAUCAUCUCCCGGCCUGCCAGGCUUCUGGAGUGUCUGGAGUUUAAUCCUGAGGAGUUUUACCAUCUGCUGGAGGCAGCGGAGGACCACGCGAAGGAGGGACAUCUGAUGAAGACGGACAUCCCCCGUUACAUCAUCAGCCAGCUGGGACUGACCCGGGACCCUAUAGAAGAGAUGGUAAACCUGGAUAGUUACGACAGCGAGGGGCCGCUCACACCCGAAACGGAUGACUCAACGGAGGGUAAGAUCAGAGCAAUGAAACCGCCAGGGGAGGCCGACUUCCAGACCAUCAAGCUGAUCAGUAAUGGGGCUUAUGGUGCUGUGUACCUGGUCCGCCACCUGGAGACACGCCAGCGUUUUGCCAUGAAGAAGAUCAACAAGCAGAACCUGAUCCUGAGGAACCAAAUCCAGCAGGCCUUUGUGGAGAGAGACAUCCUCACAUUUGCAGAGAAUCCCUUCGUCGUCUCCAUGUUUUGCUCCUUCGAAACCCGUCGACACCUCUGCAUGGUGAUGGAGUAUGUAGAAGGAGGAGACUGUGCCACCCUGUUGAAGAACAUCGGGGCUCUACCCGUGGAAAUGGCUCGCAUGUACUUUGCAGAGACUGUCCUGGCGCUGGAAUAUAUUCACAACUAUGGCAUUGUUCAUCGUGACCUCAAGCCUGACAACCUCCUGAUCACCUCCAUGGGGCACAUCAAGCUGACAGACUUCGGCCUGUCGAAAAUGGGUCUGAUGAGUCUGACCACCAACUUGUAUGAAGGACACAUAGAGAAGGACACACGGGAGUUCUUAGAUAAACAGGUGUGUGGUACUCCAGAGUACAUCGCUCCAGAGGUGAUUCUUCGUCAAGGUUAUGGGAAGCCAGUGGACUGGUGGGCCAUGGGCAUCAUCCUCUAUGAGUUUCUGGUGGGCUGCGUGCCUUUCUUUGGAGACACUCCAGAGGAGCUGUUUGGGCAGGUCAUCACAGAUGACAUCGUGUGGCCGGACGGAGACGAGGCUCUCCCUGUUGAUGCCCAACAUCUGAUCUCCACCCUUCUGCAGACAAACCCUCUGGUCCGACUUGGCACAGGUGGUGCUUUUGAAGUGAAGCAGCAUUCAUUCUUUGCAGAGGUGGACUGGAACAGCCUGCUGAGACAGAAGGCAGAGUUCAUCCCUCACCUAGAGUCAGAGGAAGACACAAGCUAUUUUGACACUCGCUCUGAGCGCUACCACCAUGUCCACUCAUAUGAUGAGGAUGAUACCAAUGACGAUGAGCCUGUGGAGAUCCGUCGCUUCUCAUCCUGCUCCCCUCGAUUCAGCAAGGUAUAUAGCAGUAUGGAGCAUCUGUCCCAGCUCGAGCAUAAACCUCCCACUGCGACUCGGUGGGAGCACAAGGUCCCCAGGGAGGAACGGGUGGCCAAAAGAGAAAGCCUGGGCAGCCUCACGCUUAGGGACAAGAGCUGGAGGACAGGAUCACCUGAAUUGAAGCGCUUAUCCUGCUCCGAGUCUUCCUUCACUGAGAGCGACUCCAGUCCUCCCUCUGGAGCCCGCAGGCGCUUCUCUGCCCUCAUGGACACACACCGCUUCGCCUCACCUCUGGAAGUUGAAUCUGAGCUUAGUGUCCCCACCAGACAGCCACAGGUCAAGACCAGGGGGGCUUCACUGGAGGGAGCAAUGGGCACCACCUCCAGUCAGGGGGAUUUGAAAACCAUCCCCAAAGAGGGCAAUGGGCUCGUUUCUGGAGACAAGCUGUUGAGACCUGCGGAUGCGUCAGUGCCUCUAUCAGGCAGCGCCGCUGUUCUGGGGGUCCCAGAUCCACAGGGGCCCCGAGGAGCCACAAAUGACCUGGUUCUGCGGAGGGUCCGCCACCAGCAGCUCUCAGCUGAGGGCGAGAAACGCAGCUCACGACCGGGGACAAAAGUUAUUAAAUCUGCGUCUGCCACUGCUCUGUCUGUCAUCAUUCCUGCUGUUGAACAGCAUGGAACGUCCCCUCUGGCCAGCCCCAUGUCUCCUCGCUCCAUCUCGUCCAACCCCUCCUCCCGUGACUCCUCUCCCAGCAGGGACUACUCCCCCACGGUCAGCGUGCUGCGCUCUCCCAUCACUAUCCACCGCUCCGGGAAGAAGUACGGCUUCACCCUCCGAGCCAUCAGAGUCUACAUGGGCGACAGUGAUGUCUACAGCGUACACCACAUGGUCUGGCAUGUUGAGGAUGGAGGGCCUGCUCAGGAAGCUGGACUUAAUGCUGGUGACCUCAUUACUCAUGUGAACGGGGAGUCGGUCCAUGGUCUUGUACACACAGAGGUGGUGGAACUCAUCCUCAAGAGUGGAAACAAGGUGACAGUUACCACUACGCCCUUUGAAAACACCUCCAUAAAAGUGGGUCCUGCCCGCAAGUCAAGCUACAAAUCCAAGAUGGCACGGCGCAACAAGAGGGCUGUUAACAAGGAGGGACAAGAUAAGAAGCGCAGCUCCUUGUUCAGGAAGAUCACCAAGCAGUCCAACCUGCUCCACACCAGUCGCAGCCUGUCCUCCUUAAACCGCUCACUGUCAUCUGGAGACAGUCUCCCAGGCUCCCCGACCCACAGCCUCACUGCUCGCUCUCCCACUCAGAGUUACCGCUCCACCCCCGAAUCUCCCUACCUAGGUACUUCUUCACAGAGCAGUUCUCCAGCUUCCAGCACUCCUAACUCCCCAGCAGCCUCUCAGCACAUGAGGCCCAGCUCCCUGCACGGCCUUUCGCCCAAGCUUCACCGCCAGUACCGCUCCGCACGCUGCAAGUCUGCUGGCAACAUUCCCUUGUCUCCCUUGGCUCACACCCCCUCCCCUACCACGUCCUCUCCUCCACCUCUCGCGGGCCACACGGUAGGGAGCUCCAACACCACCCAGACUUUCCCUGCCAAGCUCCACUCCUCGCCCCCUGUCGCCCGCCCACGUCCCAAGAGUGCCGAGCCACCCAGAUCCCCCCUGCUCCAGCGAGUGCAAUCAGCUGAGAAGCUAGGAGCGCCCCUCCUGCCCUCCUCAUCUUCAUCAUCAUCAUCGCCUUCUCCGCUCACAGGGGGGGUGUCGAUGCGUAAGCAUAGCCUGGAGGUGACGCAUGGUGACUACAGGAGAGAGUCAUUCCACUGUGAGCAUAGCCUGCAGAGUCUGCUGGAGAUGGAGGGAGAGAACGGACCUGCUCCCCCCUCUCCUUCAUCGUCAUCCUCCCCUUCUCCGCCCACAGGAGGGGAGAUAGGAGGCCUGAAACCUGUGAGGAGGCUUGGAAGGCAGGAAUCACCUCUUAGCCGUGACACACUGCUCACAGGGAGAGAAAAAGACACCCAUACCACAGCAUCUCAGCCUGCUGCGUCCCAAACUGAAAGCAUAGCUCCUAAAACUGAAUCAAAGACCAGUGCAGUUGAUGCAGGUAAGACGUUGCCCUCUGCUGAGGUUCCAAAGAGCAAAACAGCUGUGGCUGCAGUGGAGACAAAGGCUGGUCCAGUAUUGGCUCCAUCCUCUACAGAGACCAAGCCCGGCCCUGGGGAUAAACCUCCAACUGCAAGCACUCCCAGCUCUGAGGCAGCUGUGGCUAAGAGUAAACCCAGUGAGAAAAUCUCCACUCCAGGCACAUCUAAAGCCCUGCAGCCACAGGAGAGUAAGCAACAGAGCUCACAGACAGAUGGUGGCCCUGCAGCUAAAGCUCAGGAGAAGCCAGAGGAGAAAGGAAAAGGUAUUGCAGGUACAGACAAAAGUACCAUACAGAAGCCAGCAGCUACAGAACAGCCCAAGACAGGUAAAGGCACAGACAGGGGAGAGACAGGGGAGAACACUGUGAAAGGAGGAGCCAAUGGCAGCGAUAAAGCAACUGAAUCCCCCAAGGUCAAAGGUCCUGCACCUCCAGUACCAACCCAAGCUCAAACCCAAGCUCCAACAAUAUCCGCAGCCCCUGUUCCGGCUGUCACCAGAUCGAAAGCAGAGAAGGUAUCAGGCCCAUCGAGCAGCUAUCGAGGGGCCAAGGAGGAGAGGGCCCACCUAGAGGUCCUGGAGGAGAACCCCAUGUCCCCUUCCUCCAAUGCAGCCUCCCCUUCCUCAAGCAAGUCCCGGCCUGUGUCCCCAGGGGACAAGGCCAGCUUUGUCACCCAGCUCACUAGUGUGGCCAAAACUGUGCUAGGGCCUAUGAAGGUGGGAUCCCAGGAGGGGGCCAAGGGAAAAGACUCCCCCAAGGCAAGUGAGGAGAAGCGAGGAAGCGCAGCAGCAAAACCUGAGGCUUCGUCUGGAGUUGGUCGCCGGGGGGCCCAGACAACAUCCGCGGGGAGCGCUGGCUCAUCCCAGUCUGAUAAGGCAAACACACGUAGCUCCAAGCAUCACUCAUGAUCCAGGAAUAUAGGAAAGACUCGUAUACCAUGCCUUUUAUGUUUGAAGGAAUACUGUAGCAUCAUAAUGACAUAUCUGGGAUGGACAAGACUUUCCGCCCUUGAAUGAAGGGGAAACAUAAAUGCCUGAAAAAACACCAAAUAGAUUGACAUGUAGACUAAAGAGAUGUGGACAAAGAUGCAUCAGCCACUGUUUGCAAAUGUGUGUACAUGGUGUUGUACUGUAGGCCUACGUAUGUACUGUUCAUCACAAUGUGUUGUAUAUAGUAAAGAAGCGUAUGUCUUAAUGCAUGUUCAACAUUGUACAUGGAAAAUGAAAGAGAAUAUUUAAAGAGAAGUUAAAAAAAAAUAUAAAAGCAGACCUAAUGGUAGUGAACACUGUGAACAACUUUUCAACAGACCACAAAAAGCAUACUGUUACUGCACGUGAACAGGCAGGAUUCUGUUAUGAAUGGGCAUUACUCAGUCAAGUUAAUCACCAUUCAGAUCAACUCCAGUGCCAUCUUUUAGUUCAGCUGAGAUAGCAAAACUACUGCACACAUUUCCCUAAAAUCCGGGCACUCAAAGGGUUUAGGCACAGUAAGAGCUGUCAUGUGGUGAAUAGACAUAACAAACAGUCAUUUGCUAACAUAUUGCAGACAGGGUCAAGAUACAAAAUGCUUGCAGUGACAGAGACAGAACAGAGGAUAACUUACUUUGUUUCUGAUCUGUUUAAGGGCUGAAUUCCAGUAGAACUGACAUGGACUAGAGGAACUUGCACAGGGACACUAUGCAAUGUGCUUUUGAUGCCACUUUUUGGUGUCCCCACUUACUAAGUUUACAUUGUGCUCAAGACAAGAUGAUAGUAGAUGUGGGAGAGGGUUGCAAUAAGCCAAGCAAACAGAUUUUGUUUUUAAAAGUUGUCUUUGUUGACCUUGUGAAAUGUGCAAUUAUAUAGUCUAGGCUAUGAAGUGAAUACAUUGGUGUGUCGAGAUGUAGAGGAGGCUUUGUAUGCGUUAAUGUAAGUCUGGUCAGGUGAUGAAGUGUGCAAAGAACCAUAAUGAGACUAGCACUAUAGAAAAGUAGGCUAGAAAUGCUCUUUCUCUUGUUCCCUUUUAUGUAUGCAAAAUUAGUAUUGUAUAAUGUAAUGUGUGAAAGAAAGUGCCAGUGUUUUCAUUUAGGGACAAUGUGUUGUUUACAGUGAUAUUUAUAAUAAUAUGCAAUCCUACAGUGCCCAGUUACAGUAGAGCUGAGUGCCCUUGUCAGUGAGUAGUAGGCUACACACACACACACACACACACACACACACACACACACACACACACACACAGGGUUAGGUUUCUUAGGAGCAUCUUUUGAUCGCUUUGGGGACACGAGGUUCAGACUUGGCUUAGACUGCCACCUUGUGGUAGGUAGCAUAUGACACCAGAGGAGAGCUCUUGAGAUAGAAAACGAAUGAUCACUGAUUAGCAUUCACCUGAUUAGAAGUCAGAUACCUUCUGCCUGCAGAUCUUUCCAUUUUGUACAUUUCAAGGGUGUUGUAUCAUUCUUCACUGAUUAACCUGUUCAGAUCGAUGUCAAAUAAAUUCCCCGACAGUCUUAGCUUACAUGACAUGCUCACUCUAUCCAUGAUGCUGUGUUUAACAGAGAAGAACCCCAUGUUUAGGUGUUAAAUGCCUGUGUUCUUGUGUGUGAUGAUAUGAGAAAACUGCACUUUACUUUGUGUCAAAUACGUUUAUUUACUAUUUAUUCUUUUUAUUUGUCUGUCAAUUACACUUUUUUAUUUAUUCAAAUGUUUUUGUAUGUCAUCCGCAGUUGAAUUUCUGCUUUACUACUGAAUUUUGUUCAUGAUAUUUCUGAAUUUUACAUCUAAAAUGAGAAAUCUACCAAAUCUUUGUGGCUGUCCUAUUUUGUGCAGUUUUACCCCUUGUCAUUCCAUUGACUUGACAGUCGCAAUAUUACUGUAAUGUCUGUUUUUUUGUUUGUUUGUUUGUUUUUUGUCCAAAUGUAUGACUUUAACACAACAGCAACCAUCUCUGUUUGUUGUUGUGCAUUACAUUGCAACAUGUUUCUUCGCCCACCAUUGUGAAAAACUAAUGCAAAAAAAGUAUAGUGCAGAAAUGUAAUAAAA